AUGGCACGGUACUCGCGAAACAGAAGCAGCCCCGCGCGGCCUAGCAUGUCGCGCUGGAUGAUGGCUCUCUACGUGUGUGCUGUCCUCCUUGCACCAAUGCUCUUCAUGGGCAUGAUCCCCACCGCCCGCGCACAAGAAGAAGCCACCGAUGCCUCCAAGGAUGGUGUCUCAGGCCCAGUCAUCGGCAUCGAUCUCGGAACCACGUAUUCUUGCGUCGGUAUCAUGAAAGGCGGCAACGUUGAGAUUCUCGUAAACGACCAGGGUAACCGAAUCACACCGUCAUGGGUGGCAUGGAACGAUGAGGAGCGUCUUGUUGGAGAUGCGGCCAAGAACCAGUUUGCCUCAAACCCACACCGCACAGUCUUCGACAUCAAGCGUCUUAUCGGACGCAAGUUCAACGACAAGGAUGUUCAAAAGGACAUGAAGCACUUCCCCUUCRAGGUCAUCAACAAGAACGGUCAGCCUCAAGUCAAGGUUGAGGUUGCUGGCUCUGACAAGAACUUCACACCCGAGGAGGUUUCCGCCAUGAUUCUUGGAAAGAUGAAGGAAGUCGCCGAGAACUACCUCGGAGAGAAGGUCACCAACGCUGUUGUUACCGUCCCCGCCUACUUCAACGACGCUCAGCGUGCCGCCACCAAGGACGCCGGCGCAAUCGCUGGCCUUAACGUCCUUCGCGUUGUCAACGAGCYCACCGCAGCCGCACUCGCCUACGGUCUGGACAAAGUCGGCGACAAGGAGCGACAGAUCAUUGUCUACGAUCUCGGUGGUGGUACCUUUGAUGUCUCCAUCUUGACCGUCGACCAGGGAGUUUUCGAGGUCCAGUCCACCGCCGGUGAUACCCAUCUUGGUGGAGAGGAUUUCGACCAGCGUGUCGUGGACUACUUCGUCAAGAGCUACAACAAGAAGGCGGAUACCGACAUCACCAAGAACGCAAAGACCAUGGGUAAGCUUAAGCGCGAGGUCGAAAAGGCCAAGCGAUCGCUGUCCAGCCAGAUGAGCACCAAGAUCGAAAUCGAGGCUUUCCACGAGGGACAGGAUUUCUCCGAGACUCUUACCCGCGCCAAGUUUGAGGAGCUGAACAACGACCUGUUCAAGAAGACUCUCAAGCCCGUCGAGCAGGUGCUCAAGGACGCCAAGCUGAAGAAGUCCGACAUUGAUGACAUCGUCCUUGUUGGUGGGUCUACCCGUAUCCCCAAGGUCCAGGCUAUGUUGGAGGAGUUCUUUGGCAAGAAGGCUAGCAAGGGUAUCAACCCUGAUGAGGCUGUUGCUUACGGUGCCGCCGUUCAGGGUGGUGUUCUUUCUGGAGAGGAGCAGGCUCAGGACAUUGUCCUUAUGGAUGUCAACCCGCUGACUCUGGGUAUCGAGACCACUGGUGGUGUCAUGACCCACCUCAUCAAGCGUGGUACUACCAUCCCUACCAAGAAGAGCCAGAUCUUCUCCACCGCCGCCGACAACCAACCCACUGUCUUGAUCCAGGUGUUCGAAGGAGAACGUUCCAUGACMAAAGACAACAACCAGUUGGGUAAAUUCGAGCUCAACGGAAUUCCAGCAGCUCCUCGCGGCCAGCCGCAGAUUGAAGUCACCUUCGAGCUUGAUGCCAACGGUAUCCUGCGUGUGUCUGCCGGCGACAAGGGCACCGGCAAGAGCGAGUCCAUCACCAUUACAAACGACAAGGGUCGUCUCAGCGCCGAUGAAAUUGAGCGCAUGGUCGAAGAAGCUGAGAAGUACGCUGAUGAGGACAAGGCUACCCGUGCUCGCAUUGAAGCCCGUAACGGACUUGAGAACUACGCAUUCAGCCUGAAGAACCAGGCCAACGACGAGGAGGGCCUCGGCGGCAAGAUUGACGAGGACGACAAGGAGAGCCUGAUUGACGCCAUCAAGGAGACUGUUGAGUGGCUCGAGGAGAACGCUGCGACUGCCACCACCGAGGACUUUGAUGAGCAGAAGCAAAAGCUUUCUGAUGUCGCCUACCCAAUCACCUCCAAGCUUUACGAGGGCGGUGCUGGAGGCAUGCCCGACUACGAUGAUGAGCCAAGCGGUMACGACGAGCUUUAA